UUUUCUUUCCCUAAUCUACAUGUCCAAUACUUUUUUGAUAACUCGUGUCCAGACCAACUUGCAUACAACUCGAUUAAUUUUGAGUGACUGAUGCCACCGUCCGCUAGCGGGGCCAGUUUGCUCACAACUUGAUUGAUUUCUGAGGGACUGAUCCCACUUAGGGCUGCAAUUGAACAGAGAGGCUCGGUUCGACUCGUUUAGUUAUCGAGACGAGCUCGUGCUCGAGUUUUGAGCUCAUUUAGUGAAUAAGUCGAGCUUUCCAAUACAAUGCUUGUCUCGGCUUGAAAUAGUAGGCUCGAUUUGUUUAAAAAGGCUCGUUUAGUAAAUAAAUUGGUCUCUGCUCGUUCACAGUCUAGCUGAGUUCGAGCUCAAGUUUUUUGCUAGUUUAGUAAACAAACCGAGCUUGAACACAAUAAAGAUCGGCUCAGCUCGUUUGCAGCCCUAUUUCCCACUGUUCCUUAGUGUGGCCCAAUGAAAGCCGGGCAAAGCUUCGUAUUCUCAUUCACUCCAAUUAAUAACAAGAAUGAGACCUAGAAAUUUGAUAGAACUCCAAUUUAAUCUUGACCUGUUUGAAAGCUGAUAAAUGAUAGUGGAACAAAAUGGAUUGUUUGGUUUUCAAAUUUAUCUGUUUACUAAUAGGGAUUGUUUUAGAUCCAAAUCUUUCGGUCCUGUCAGUUGAGUGGUAUCAAGUUACCAAAGAAUCUAACUUUCCAUCAAAUGGAGGAAGAGACAAAUUUUAGCUGGGAAUUUUCGAAAAGAUUUGAUGAAAUGUUUGAAAGAGUAUCAAUUUGAUACUGCACCCUAUUGCAAAAACCCAGUUUUAACUUUUAACCAACUCUUUCAAACAUUAAUGGCACUUAUCAGAUCAAGCUUUUAAUUACGUCGUUGAGUCAUUGAUGAGAAAAGAGAGUAUGAACUGGGAUGCUGAGUCUUGUCUCUGCUUUCUUAUUUCCCCUCCUUUUGUGGUAGCAGUAGUAUUGACCAACAAAAAAGUUAACCAAUGUUACAAUUGUACUCAUCUUUUGCCUUUUGAGUGCCAUCAGACUUCAUCAAACCAGGACAUGAUCAAUAUGUUUAUCGUCAUGCCAAUGGGUACGUCUCCAGUCUUGUGUGUGAUCGGCUUGGCACCUACGCACUUGGCGUUCAAGGAUGAAGGAGGAGUAAAAGCAGUUGAUUUCAAUGUAGGGAAAUCUGAUCGAAGUGGGAUGAAGGUGACAGGGAAGCGCAAGAAGAACGCGCAGCAUUUUGAGUCCAACACUGCUUUGUGUAAAGUGUGCACCAAAGAUGAUACUUCUUACAUUGUCAGGUGCUGCAUAAAAGGCUCUCUACUUGAAGUGAAUGAUAGGUUAAUCAAGCAACCGAGUCUGCUUAAUUCAGUGGCAGAUAGAGAAGGAUAUAUUGCAAUAAUCAUGCCAAAACCUGCUGAUUGGCUAAAGACCAAGCCUAUGUUGCUGGGCAUCGACGAGUACAAGAAACUGAGAGAGCUCUCCUAACCAAUUUGACUUAUUCAUUUCAUGCAGGUCUUCAAAAUAAUCGAUGGGGCAGUACGGUUGCUUUUGUAUACGAUUGUUUGAACAUCACAAUUUUGUCAAAUCUCUAAUCUAUUUCGUGUAUUAUUUUUGUUUUUUCGCAUUAUUGAUUGUAUUUGAAGCUUAGAAUUCAUUUUCUGGCAUUUUCUGAACAUACCAUGGGACUAAUGAAGUGGGUCUCCUUUCCUCCCCUA